AAGAUCAACCAUUAACUAAUGCUGAGCAUAGACGAAUAGCAUUACAAUAUAAAAAUAGUAAUUUAACAAUACAAAAAAAAUUAUUUCAACAAUAUGGAAUUCGAUGGACUUGUACAAGUAAACAUAUAGUACAGUAUGCAUGGAUGAAUGAUAAUUCACCAAAACUUAGUAUUAAAGAUUUGUAUGAAAUUCAGAAACAAAUUGAUACAACUCCUUUACCUGUUGAUAUGGGACAUAUAAACUUUAAAAUUACAUCAGGCUUUGAUGCACUUACGGCUAAUCAAUGGAAGAUUUGGGUUUUGGUUUAUUCAACUUAUAUUUUGCGUCAAUUUCUUAAUGAAGAUGAUCAAUGA